AUGCAGUUCAAGCUCACCGUCGCCACCCUCCUCUUCAGCGGCCUGCUCGGCCUCGUCGCCGCCCAGCGGGAGUGCGGCGAGACUGCGUGGGAUGUGUCCGCGCAGAAUACCCCGGAGUGCAGCGCCGACGACUACGAGUGCCUCUGCACGAACGGCAACUUCCUCGCCUUCUGGGGCCAUGCGCAGAUGAACUGCGAGGACCACGAGGCCGCGGACGCGGUAAAGGAGGAGCGGUGCGCGCCUUACACGACGAAUUAG